UGAAGUGUUUUUGUGGACAGUUUUCGUGAUGGUGUUAGCUAAGAUCUACGGCGUUUCUUCAAUUUCUUUUGGCUCUAAGUAUGGAGACGACUUCCUAGAUUAUAAUGCAGUAUUGCCGUCCCAGGAAAAUGAAUUUAGCAAAGAUAAUUUUAUAUCCUUAGAAGUCAAACUUGAUCCGAACUGCUCAGAUGGUUUUAGAAAUCAUAACCUUAAUGUUCGUUGCAGACAUUUUACACCUGAGGAGAUCAAGAGCCUUGAAGGUGGUGCUACAUGUGAAGAAAACGGAGAGAGAUAUUUACACUUGAUAUUAUGGGAAGACGACUUAUCAAGGCAUGGUCUUAGAACAGGUCACAUAGUAGAUAUCGACAUGUUACCUAUGAAACUCUCACAGGUUAUACUAACAGCCAAAUACGAUAAAAAACAUGCACAAGAUCUUUCACUUCUUUUGCAUGGUCCCGAACAUUUUCUGUUUGAUAAAGUCAUGUCUGUAGGUAAUCAGAGGUUUUUAGAAUUACAGCAUGAAGGUCAAGCUUUUAAAGUAGAAUUAGAAGUCAAACAUUGUGAACCAGUGUCACAAGGAACAACAGAUCUUAACRCAAAAUGGGUUAUAAUUGACGCAAGUUAUGAAGACAGCUUAGAGUGUAUUGGCAACACUUGUCRAUCCAAUGCAUCYGUUGAUAUCAAAGAYAAUCCACUACCUCUCCUWAUUGCUGACUUUGUUUCUCCUCUCAAAGAUCUGUGGGAUGAAAAUCUCCAARAUAAGACAAAACRGUUKAGGAUUGAAGUYGAAUACUGGAAUGAUUUGCAUCUUGCAUUCAUGAAUUCAAUAAGGAAUAAAUGGAAAUUUGAUGAACAUGAUACMCAUUGCAUUUAUGUUUCCAUGGAAACUCUGAUGGAACUGCAAGUCCACRAUGGUUCCUGGGUAAAAGUUUGGCUACAUAAAGAUACGUCAAAGAAUAACAUAKCAAURAAAGGCACAAUCAAAAYUGAAACUACAUGUAUUCAAACCAUGGAAGAAGAAGCCAGCAAUUGUAGCACUUCAAUCAGUGACAGAAAAGCAACAGGAAAAGCUGGCAGUAGUACUUGUCAUUAUGUGCAACUACUUGCAAUUACUCCUAUUGAGAAAGCUUUAAACAUUUACAUCCCAAAGGCACAGCAAAUCCAAGUUCUUGACAUGGAUGAGUAUAUUAUGAAGGCAAGGAAGACGGUGCAUGUUUCAUCAGUAGUGAUGUUCAAUCUUUUACAAAGUGUUCCCAAUAAUGAUUCAAGUGAAUUAUUUUUGAAUCUCGACACAGAAACAAUGAAAUUUGCUAAACCUGACUUAUCUAAUACAACUUCAGUAUCAUUUGCACAAGAUGCACAUUUAUCCCUCAUCAAGACCCCCUUCACAAACCCAGGUGAUGCAUUUGAUGAAUCAUUAAAGAGACAUUUUUUCAAACCAAGACUGUUAACAGUAGGGGAUGUUUUGUGUGUCAACUUUGACAGUAAAAAGGACUCAGUAAAUUCAUUGAUGGUAGAAGAAAACAGAAAUUUAAGGACUAUCUAUUUUAAAGUCAAGAGACUAGUUGUAUCGGGUAAAGAUGAGUCAUCAGGUUUGGUUGAUACAGAUCAUACUACAGUUUAUCAGACCACAUCAGUCCAUAGUUUUGUUCCAACUUAUACACAAUCAUUUGUGAACAAAUCAAACUAUUGGUUGUUAAAAACACCACCUGGUCUUCAUGAACCUACAAGGGAAUUGAUUAACAUCAUUAAACCUUACUUGAAGGAACAUGUGAAUAUGAUGCCAGCUGUACUGCUGACUGGACCUAAAGGAGUAGGUAAAACAACAGUUGUCAUGGCAAUAGGAAGACAGCUUGGUGUGUGUGUUAUGAACAUCAACUGCUAUGACAUGAUUGGAGAGUCUAUGGCCGCAACAGAAAGCAGAGUAAACAACUUAUUCCAAAAAGCCAUGAACUCUCGACCAUKUCUUCUACUACUCCGUAACAUUGACAUACUAGUCAAAGACAGAGAUGGACUUGAAGAUGAGCCUCGUGUCACCAGCACCCUCAUGCAAUGCAUUGGYAACUUAAAGGAAGUAACAAUGUGGCCAGUAGUUGUCAUAGCAAYGUCAUCUUCAAAUAAUCCMCUUYCAACACAGCUUUAUUCAUGUUUUCUUCAUGAGGUCAGUGUACAGACUCCUGCAGAACCACAAAGAAGGCAAAUAAUWGAAGCCCUGGCAUCAAUGUGUCAGGUUGACCAAGAUGUGUCCUUUGGCUUGGUAUCAAAGAAAACAGCAGGUCUAGUUUUAGCAGACAUUGUUUCUCUGUUCACCAAGGCUGCCAAAAAUGCUUGCGAAAGACUUUCAAAGAAGACUCAAAUCAAUUCCACUGAGCAAGAAGACUUCAUUACUGUAAAGGAAUUUGAUAAUAAAUAURAUGAAGGGCUUGAUGAAAGGUUUGAUGCCAAMAUCAACMGGAAAGACUUUSAAGAAGCCAUUGAGACCAUUAGAGCAGAGCACUCUGAUACUAUUGGUGCCCCUAAGAUUCCUAAUGUUUUAUGGCAAGAUAUUGGAGGAUUGAUUGAUGUAAAGGAAGAAUUAUUAGAUACCAUACAACUACCGCUUCAACAUCCUGAACUAUUUGCAUCUGGGCUUAGACGAUCAGGUGUUCUUUUAUACGGCCCACCCGGUACUGGUAAAACAUUGUUGGCAAAGGCUGUUGCUACAGAAUGCUCCUUAAACUUUCUCAGUGUGAAAGGCCCAGAGUURAUCAACAUGUAUGUUGGGCAAAGUGAGCAGAAUGUCCGUCAGGUUUUCUCAAGGGCACAGAGUGCGACACCAUGUGUUAUUUUCUUUGAUGAACUUGAC